AUGGAAGCAGCAGGUCUCGUCCUCGGGGUGAUCCCGGUAGCCAUCCAAGGGUUGAAUACUUAUCGCGACAUCGUUUCGUCCAUCAAGAACGCUAGGCGUGACCUGGACUGUCUUCUUCGUGAUCUCAAGACGGAGCACCAAAUCUUGCAGAAUACAUGUGAAAUCCUGCUCAAAGGCAUCGCACCAGACAGUGUCCUGGAUGUUAUGAUCGAGGAGCCUUUUGGAGCGGACUGGGAUGCCUAUAACAACGAGGUUCAUCUUCGGCUAUGGCGAUCUUCAACUGUGUUUAAAGAGCGCGUCGAGGAGAUGCGUGAAGCUGCGUUGGAUCUGCAGCGGAAGUUGGCCAUCGAUGGAGAUGGAAAGACAAGAUUUUCAGAUCGUGGCACGAUACUGAAAGAAUGGAAACACAAUGCUCAUUUCAGUCUCAACAAAAAAGACUACAGAGACAUUCUGGCUCGUCUCAAGGACGGCAAUGCCGUACUAAACACACUCGCCACUCAGAACAGCGAGCUUGAGCCGACGCGGCGAUCAAGGUCUCAAGCCAAGCUAGCGCAUAUUAUCCGGAAACUUUCGCAGGAAGUAUACGCGGCGUUUCGGAAUGUCUUGACAUGUAGCUGUCCUCAUAAUCUCGGGCUGGGAAUGGCUGCCGUUUCUAGAAAAGAUGUCAUACUCCCUGGGACCGAUGGUCAAUGUGCGGCAAGGACUAUUCCACUUGAUAUCAUGCUUGAGAGCGGCGGAAAAACGCAGAGAUGGAACAGACUACGUGUUCAGCUGGCCGACGAGAAAGCAAGGCCACCGAUGCCGCCUACAGCUAAAUCCACGGCUAGCUUAUCCCGGUCAAGAUCACCGAAAAAGACACAGUACUCAUCCUACCUAUCAGCCUCAAUACAACUCAGCUCCGAGACCCUACCAUCCGCCAUAACUGACCUCUGCCACACACUUCAAAAGGGAAAAUACAAGACCUCUGCCACUUCAGACUGCUUCGGGAAUAUCUCCUGCAACUCGCGCAGAUUCAAUCUCUACCACCAGGACUGUCAACCAGACCAUCUCAGCGCAAUAAGCCUCAGUACGAUCUUGGAAAUCCAAGGAAAUGGAGGAGACCUAAAAUUCAACUACACAGAGCGGCUGAAACUGGCACUGGCACUGUCAUACAGUGUGCUGCACCUCUACAAGACUCCUUGGCUUGCAAAGACAGUCACACCACAGGACAUUGUCUUCCUAAAGGAGCAGCAACAGGCUUCCCCAAACGCAGCCUCCUACCUCGGCCGACCAUUCUUGGCGAAGACACCACCCAGUUCAACGAGCGCGAGCCAGUUCCAAUCCACACAGGCAGAGGGCAGGCCCAUAGACCUGACCAUCCUUUCCCUCGGCCUACUUCUCAUUCAGAUCAUGAUAGGGCGCCAAAUCAGUGACCUAGCCCUCACCCCAGAUAUGCAUAUUAAGUCGACCCUGUCCAAGAAAGAGAUAGCCUCGAAGUACAUCGCCUCCGUGAUGGAGAGCGGCGGUAUGAACUACGCGGGCGUGGUACAGUGGUGCCUCGGGAGCAUACUGUCUGUGGCCUGUCUAGAUGACGAGAAGUUCGCACAGGAUUUCUACAACGCUGUGAUUAUGAGAUUAGAGGGUGACUUAGGGCUGCAGUCGUUAAUGACGGUUUCUGGAAGCGAGACGUAG